UAACGAUCUCGCUUCGGCAGUUCUCGUGUGUCGGGUCAAAGUUGUCACCCAACAUGGCGGAAUAGGACAGUUUUCAGGUCGUUCUUUUCUCGAAUCACUGUGUUUUCUCAUUGAGUUUCCCGACACACCAUCUCAUUUGAAUAUAUAUAAACAGACAACAUUCAGUCAAACUUUCCCUCCAAUAUUUGAAGCUUUUCGCGCUGCAUUUUUUCGCCCUGGGAAGCUUCACUCCGCUUUGACAACAACAAACCGUCGUUCGAACCUCCGAGGAUGGCUGUCGCUGCGGCCUCACCAGAUAUUUGCCAGGAUAUCGGCAACAAAAACUCAGUUCCAGGGGAGCCGCCUGCACAGGAACAAACUAGCCUAGACAUUGACAUCGCCAACGUGGUGUGCAGCUUUAGGGCGAGGUGCCACUUGAACCUGAGGAUGAUAGCUUUAAACGGGGCCAACGUUAUCUACAAACGGGAGCUGGGGAAAGUCACAAUGAAGCUGAGAAGACCAUACUGCACAGCUAACAUCUGGUCAUCUGGCAAGAUUGUGUGCACAGGAGCCAGAAGUGAAGAUGAUGCUAAGAAGGGUGCCAGAAGAUGUGCAAGAACCUUACAAAACAUGGGAUUCCAGGUGCACUUUAGUGAGUUCAAGGUGGUGAAUGUGCUGGGGAUAUGUGCCAUGCCCUUCACCAUCAAAAUCACCCUCUUUUCCAAACACCACAAGGAAAAUGCAAGCUAUGAGCCAGAGCUCCACCCAGGAGUGACCUACAAAAUCAGGGACCCCAAGGCUGUGAUGAAGAUUUUCUCUACAGGCAGUAUUACAUGCACAGCACCCUGUGUGGCUAACAUCCAAAGAGCUAUAGAACACAUCUAUCCAUUGGUUCAUGAGUUCCGAGGAGAUGAGGUGGUACGGGGUCCGCGAAGGGGUGCUGCCGGGGAGGGUAACAUCGAUGAUAGUGAAGAAGAGGAAGACAGUGAGGAUGAUGAGGAAGAUGACUGAAGAUAAUGCCUGAUUCACCCACCUAAUGACAUGAUAACCACUCUCUGGUGGGUCACAUUUAUCAAUAUGGACCAGUCUAGAAACAUAGAAAGGUGUAGUUGAGGGCAGUGAGCAACAGAACCCUCUUUACUAAGUGUAUGGGAUAACUUAAUGAUAAGUCACUUAAAAUGUGUUUUCGUGUCUCAGUGUCUUAAUUGUAAAUACAUUGUAAUGGGUCAAAGGUUGUCAUACAUAGAACUACAGUAGCGCCAGAAAUCUUGGUAACCUUACAUAUCAUUUCCAUAUUGCUUUAGGUAUUGUGCAUGUAUAUUCAUUGAAUCAUUGAGAUGCAUCCAUCACCAUUUAAACAUUCAAUGGCAUCUUUUGCUAUAUAGAGUAGCAGAUGCAAUGCAAAGGUACAACUUCAUGCAGUUUGAUCUGAGACUUUCCAUUUGUGGCUAUUGUAAUAUACAUGUAAGCCUUUCCAGUGUUGUUGCCAGUUCCUACAUGAAAUAUGACAUACAUAGUGAUAUUAUAUGUACUUGAACAUACAGUGAUUCAGCAUUGAUUUAAUUUGAAGCGCAAAUCUGAAUACUGUUUUUGAGAAGGGCAUAAUUGUAUAUGACUGGCCUACCCUUCUCAGGCAACAAACAAGUCCUCACUACACCUGUCACAGACUGGUUUGGUAAAGGAAACCAAUUUGACUUGGUUUUGUUGAUCAAUCCCAUUCAUUAUUUCAAUCACAAAUUUAAACAGUACUUGAGAAUAUUAGUUAGUAUCUAUAUCUUACUUCAAACACUUGUCCUCCCUACUGAAGGAUGCUUUUGAGCACUACAUGUAACAAUAGAUGAAAACCUGGUUUAUUAAUUGUUCAAAGUUAAUACUUUUUUAAAGGGCUUUCGCUACUUCAUUCCUUUACAUUGGAGUAGCAUUGUACACACAGACUGGUGGUGUGCACUUUGUUAGCCAUACCAGUGUUUCCAGAACGGGUGACAUCCCAUAUAAGUUGGACUUUUGCACUUUCUCUAGUGCACUGCACAUUUAUACUUAUUUUGUUGCAGAAUUAUGAACAGGAUAUACAUAUUGUACACUCAGAUUUGUAGAAUAGACCCCCAACUUUCAGACAUGUAUGAUGAAACUGUACUAUACCCAUUUUUCAGGUCCACAGUUGCCCAGAUAUUGUAGCUUUCUCUAUUGGGAAACAGACAAAACUGGAACAAUAUUCAACCCUUUUGGAAAUAAAAGUUCCACGUGUAGUGGUUAUUGUAAACCUGG